CAAUGAGACGAUGUAUUUCAAUUCUGUUCAGGAAUUUCAGGAUAUUAGUUGUAAUUCUAGUAUGCUGGGUGACACUGAAUUGUGUAUUAGUAGGCACUGGAUUUCUGGUAAUACGUUCAUCCGGUGGUAAGAGAGCUACAUUAUACAGAAUUGAUGGAGAUAAUCAAGUAUACAAUACACCAGUUCGUGCCAGUCCGCAAUAUUUUGUGUUUUCUGUAAUCGCACUGAAUUCAUCUGAGAAUGAAAAUUAUGAUAUAUUUACAGUUAACACGUGGAGUAAUCAAACAUUUGUUGCAGACGACAUUUAUUGUUGUUAUCUCAUGCGAGGUGGCAAACUAAUUAGGCUAGGUCAUCUAGGGAUAAAUCAAAGAAGUGAAAUGUUUAACACGACUGCUCAAGUUGAGUGUCCAAAUCCAACACAACAACAUGAGUAUGGUUAUCUACGGGUAGCAGGAGUGACUGUAAGCACCCAGCAUUCGUGCACAAAUGAAAAUAUAUUUAGGGAACCCUACUAUCCUUUAAAAGUGACGAAGCAAUUCAGUUUUGCUGUUUGUGGAAAAAUAAUAUAUGGUGACAUAAAUAUUGCAUUGACAGUUGAAUGGAUGGAGUAUCAUAAAUAUAUGGGAGUGAACAAAGUGAUACUAUAUCCAUACAAACUAUCGGUCAUGGGUUCGAAAUUACUUAAGUAUUAUCGAUCUAUUGGAUUUGUCGAUGUCGUCCAUUUAACUUUGCCACCAUCAGCAGAAACACACAGACCGGGUAUGAAGACUAAAGAGGCUUGGAAUAUAGAACAAUUGGUCGUUCAUGAUUGUCAAGGUCGGCUGAGUGGUUACCAAUAUGUCGGUGUUAUUGACUUGGAUGAGUUUAUCGUACCAGUUACGGACAGAAAUUUGGAGACCAUGAUGAAUAAGCUUUUGUACAUUCUACCAAACAUGUCUGCUGUUGAGGUAUACGGUGAAAUGUUUAUACUGGACUGGCCGCCGACAAAUAAAGCCGGAAAACUUGUGAUAUCAAAGUAUGAGGACAGAACUAUAUCAAAUGCUCCCGUCGACAUAAAUCAGAGAAAACUUAUACACAUACCAGCUAGAGUUCAGAGAGGAAGUGUCGUCACUCACGGAUGUAAAGCUCACAAUUCGUCAUAUACAAUAUUUAAAGAUCCUCUUUCGAUAAUGAAUAUAAAUCAUUACAGAAAAUGUGUGCAUUUCCGAGACGAUUGCUUUACACGUGCACGAAUUAAGGACAAACGGAUAUCAAGAUUCACGAGCAAAAUUGAAACGAAUGUUCAAAGAGCAAAACAAAAAAUAAACAAAAUGUGAAACAACACAUGUAAAAACGUAGUUUUGCAUUUGUUUGAUUAACAGUUUGAGUUUCAGCACCAUGGACGAUUUCUAUAUGCCACCAUUAUUUUUUCCCGCAGUAUUGCUGCUUAUUCAAGGAGGACCGGCCUUAUAUAUGGAUCGACGAAUUGUACUUCGUUUAAAAAAGAAAUAUACGAGCUUCCGGUAGUACAUAUCAGGGUAAAACAUCCAGAGGCGGAGUGUAUUUUUGAGAAAUAUAAUCGACAUGCUAUUUAUCUUUAAUAUUCGCUUGAUAUUUACACAUUCAUUGCGAUUAUACAACUAGAUGAAAUAUUACUUUACACAUGGGAGGAAGUGUUACACGAGGGAUGGAGUUCUUAUGAUAACUUGUCAAUGAGUUCUUGUGAUAACUGUCACAGAGUUCGUCGGAAAACUAUUGUAUAUACUGCAAAAACACUUGUCGAAAAUGGUAAUUUUCAUCUUUAAAAAGUGAGUUUUAGGUGCUUAAUUAAACUUUCAUGAUUAAGCUUGCCUUACAUAUUGUAUCACAUGUGUCAAGAACUAAUUCAUAGUCCAUUUUUCAUCGCCUCUUGCUUAAAAUCUUGUAGUUUUCAAGAAAAAUGUCAAAUUAUUUGCCAUUUCGCAAGUAUUGACCUGUUUAUUUCAAGUCUUCAUCAUUGCCAUACAUAAUUACCUAAUGAUAAUACAAAAUUGCAAACAUAAGGCCCCGGCUAACAAAUUUAUACCCGAUUUUUCAAAUGUCCCGGAGUUCUUGU